AGUCCCUGGAUAGAUGAAGAUGGAGACUUAGACGUGCCCAGGGGAAACGUUACGACGAAUAAGAAACUGAAGCCCACAUCACCAUUCGAGCAUAUCCAAAGAGAUCAAGAGGGUGGGCAAACAGCAUCCACAACGCCGUCUGAACAAAAACAACACCACCACAGAGAUGAAGACCAAGAAACCGAAGCGCAAAUUUGGUUGGAAUACAAAACCCAGACUCGUUUGAAUGAAGUGGGCGCUCAGGUUUGGCGUGGCUCACUCUUCCUCGCGGACUUUCUAUUCAAUUACCCCAAAGCACUUCAAGGCAAGCGUGUGCUCGAGAUUGGUGCAGGAACUGGCCUGGCUUCAGUGGUGGCUCUCCUCUGCCAGCCGCAAGGCCUCGUCGCCACUGAUUUGGCCUUCAACCUGGACUUAUUAGAGCGAAACCUGGCUCGGAAUGUAAGCUGUCUGUCGGGAAUGCUCUCGAACCAGGCUCAAGAUGAGAGACAAGACAGGAUUUAUCGAGUAAUGCCUUGUGAUAUCAAGACGAUUAUCUCUGACAAGGAAAGCGCCACCGGUGUUCAGACUCAAACCGGACCUACCUUGGUUGAACAAGUUUUGACAGCACGUCAAGUGACAUCCAGCAUGGAUGUGUAUUUGGGGGCUGAUCUCGUCUAUGACCAGGAUCUCUCCGAGGCUUUGGUUGGCCUCAUUCGACACAUUGCUUACUCUUUGUUGCGCGAGCCCUCAUCAAAGGCUCAAACCAGAGUGGUUUUAUUGUCGAUAGAUAAACGAUAUGUUUUUACGCUAAAGGAUGCCGAGAUCAAAGCGCCAAUGUUUGAGCAUUUUUACCAAGAACUACGUGAAAUGUUGGGUCAUCUUCCACCAAGGAUCAAGGCCGUUCUGAGGGAACACGACAUGAUGGAUGUGACACAGUUUUUUCGAUAUCAAGCCUCCAGUGAUUUGAUUAUUUUGGAAGUCAUAUUUUCUUCAUAGACAGAAUGUAAAAAAAACUGGUUGUGA